AUGACCACCGGCCGCGGAGAAGGAAUCCAUGCCUUUGAGGUCCUCAGUACUGCAAACCAGACGUAUAGAGGAGUCGACUUCUUCGCCAUCAAAGCGAUGUUGCCAGCUGACGGCCUGUCUGCCUCUUCGGACUGGUGCAAGGACUACCAGAAUUUAUGCGCACAUUACGGACUGAGGCCCACGGGCUGUGGGAGACGCACGGUCCCCAACGAACUCCGGUGUGUGACUGAGUACAACUCCGACACCUACACCAACAACGUGCUCGGCUGUUUCCCGGUGUAUGUACAGAAUGAAUGUGCAACAGACAACGGUGGGUGUGCCCAAAACUGCACCAAAGUCCCAGGAAGUUAUAACUGCUCAUGCAUGCAGGGCUUCGUGUUGAUGGCGGACGGUCAUGGCUGUGAAGAGUGCGGCCACUGCCAGGGCGGGGGCGUGAACUGUGAACCGGUAUCGGGUGUCUGCUCUGCUGGGUGUCUGGAUGGGUGGAAGACACAGCAUUGCAACGAAACUGUGGAUCCACCAAUGGAACUGGCCAUAACUGACAUCACGGAUGAAGGGUUCAAGGUCACGUGGUCUCCUGUCCCUGACCCUGACCUUCAGGGGUACCGUGUGGUGGUGUCCGAGCUGGACAUGACGACAGCUGUCAAUCAGAGAACGGGUCAGACGUGGCUUCGGGUGGAGGGACUGACACCGGCAACUGAUUACAUCAUCAGGGUGACGGUGUCGGUCCUGUCCGAUGGUCGCUUGGCACAGAGCAACGCGACAACGACAGAGGCAACCACAAAGCCUAACAACUGUGCGAUAGAGAACGGUCGGUGUGACCACAUCUGCACCAACGUCCCCGGGAGCUACAGGUGCUUCUGUCAACAGGGAUUCGUGCUGAUGGAAGAUGCCCACGGCUGUCGUGAGUGCGGCCACUGCCUGGGCGGGGACGUGAACUGUGACCCAGUAUCGGGUGUCUGCUCGGCUGGGUGUCUGGAUGGGUGGAAGACACAGCUUUGUGAUAAAGCUGUGGAUCCACCAAUGGAACUGACCAUAACUGACAUCACGGAUGAAGGGUUCAAGGUCACGUGGUCUCCAUCCCCUGACCCUGACCUUCAGGGGUACCGUGUGGUGGUGUCCGAGCUGGACAUGACGACAGCUGUCAAUCAGAGAACGGGUCAGACAUGGCUUCGGGUGGAGGGACUGACACCGGCAACUGAUUACAUCAUCAGAUUGACGGCCCUGUUCUCUCCAGGUGGUUGGAGGUCACAGAGCGAGGCGGCAGUGAUACCGGCACGCACAGCCGCCACACCAACCACAACGCCUGCUGCUACGACCCAGCGGACAAGUCGGAUGUCCACCCGACUUUCUACCAAACCUGCAACUUCGAGGAACGAGGAAUCAUCUGAUGACGACACAGUGGACACCGUCAGCAGGGCAACGCCAGCUGCUGAGGCUCUUGGUAACAGUCUGGAGAGCAUCUAUGCAGAAUCCGUCACAUUAGACCCACAGGAGGUACUCCGGAUUCUGGCCGCAGAUGUGUCUGGAGAUGAUGUUGUGUUGGGGCAGCCGACAUCAGCUGUUGAGGAACAGGCACAGAUGUGCAGGAAGGCAAUUAAAACAUGGGCCUCUGAAACGCGUCGGGCCCAGACGCCGGGACGUCUGCAAAGGAUGUCUGAGAUAUCAUCACCUGUCAUUAAGCGCUGCCGUCCUGGCAUGCCACAGGAGGAUAAGGUACAAGACAAGGCCAUGGGUGUUCUGAAGUCCAUCACCAGCAAACUGGACCAGCUGGACAUGUCUGACCUAUCGUCUGUCCAGUCUGUGGGAGGAUCUCUGGUGGAGUCUGUUGGUUCUCUGCUUGAGGAACCAGAAAGAGAUGAAGAAGAGGCUGAUGUGAAACUCACCUCUGAUCUAGAGGAGAACCAGAGUCUCUCUCCAAAGGAGCGCCUUCAAAAGGCGGAAGAAAAGAAGCAGGAGAACCAAGCUAAGAAGCAAAAGUUUGUCCAGCAAGGCCGCCAGGUCCUGGACGGUCUGUUCAAUGCCAUCAUCGGCACCAUGAGGCCAGGAGCCCCGGCGGUCACCAUCGAGAAGGGCGGCAUCACGAUGCAUGCCCAGAGGAUCUGGGGCGCCUGGUUUGGAGGCCAGGUCGUGCAGACGGAGGAUGGGAGCUUCCAAUUUCCGUCCAAAGCAGCGCUUUUCCCGGACUAUACACCACACAAUGUCGCCAUAAAGUUCAUACAGUUUCAACAGAACCCUUUUACCUGGGGGCGCGGGGAGUACCAACCACGUUCGUCUGUCAUGGAACUGUCACUCCAACAGAACAACUUCCCCGUGGCCUUCAACAACUUGACUGAAGACUUCAUCAUCACCAUUCCAGCCAAAUCCGGAAACAAACCAGCGACAACAACCGUCACCGUCCCUGCCCAUGGAAACGGAAGUUCCAGCUACCAUUUGCUGAACCUCACCAACGCCGCAGAAGGCUUCCUGGUCACAAUCAUCCCGCUGAACACCAGCGUGGUUUACCGUGUGUCGGGCAGGUACGGCAGCCGCCCUGAUGACCAAAACUACAACAUGUCCACAGAGACGUACGUCCUACCCGAGGAGUGUGCCUUGAUGAAAACUCUGAGUGGCGAGAUAGACACAGAGAAGACAGAGGCAAGAAUGUUCAUUUCGGGAAAGGAUGGUCCUGUGGAUUACUACAUUGAGGUCCAAAUACUUGCACCAGUGACUGAGUGUGGCAGUGACAAAGGUACCCACGUGAAGAAGCCACACGCCACUGACUUCUAUGCCUACCAGAUGGAAUGGGCCCGUUUGGGCUGUGUCUUUUGGAGUGAGAUACAGGAAGCCUGGAGGCCAGACGGCUGCUCGAUAAGCAAGCAGUCCACCAUUACCAGCACUGUCUGUCACUGCAACCAUCUGACGGCCUUCGGGCGUGACUUCGCCACACCGCCGAACACCAUCGUGUUUGAGGCGUUGAACUUCAGUGAUCUUGUAGACAACGGUGCCGUUGUGAUGACCAUCAUUGUGGGGCUCUGUUUCUACUUACUCGCCUCACUGGUGAUCAAGAUUGCUGAGCGUACAGGAAAAAGGAAGUCAAAUGGAGCUGUAAAGUUGGACAACCUUCAGGACAACUUCCGGUACCGCCUUCUCAUCUGGACAGGUGCUGCUAAGCAUGCUGGGACAGACUCCAUUGUUGCCUUCAACCUGUUCGGAGAUGCAGCAAACUCUGGUGUUAGACUAGUCGACAUCACAGAGAAGGUUUUCACCCGAACCAGCCAGGUGACCCUGACCUUCAGCACAGCAGAACAGCUGGGUAAGGUGGAGCUGCUGCAGCUCAUGCACGACAACAGUGGGGAGGGGAGCCGCGCAUCGUGGCACGUGGACCGAGCAGCCGUGCAGGAUCUCACCACAGGCAAACUGUUUUAUUUCUUCUGCAACGAGUGGCUGGCAGCCGACCGCGGGGACGGGCAGGUCGUGAAGACCUUUCCUGUCGCCUCUGAGGAGGACCUGCGAUCCUUCGGGUUCCUGUUCCCAGCAAGUCUGUGGUCUACCCUGGUAGACGAACACCUGUUUCUGUCCGUGGCUUUCAUGCCUGAAGAUAGCGUGUUCACCCGCAUCGAGAGGCUUGGCUGCUGCCUGAGUUUCUUUGCUGCAUCCAUGGUGUCCAGCGCCAUGUGGCUGAGGGACGAAACAGAAACCGAGGUCGUGCGGGUCUUCAGCCUGGGACCGUUCUACUUCACCUUGAACGGAGUCUUUACGGGGUUCAUGGCCAGUAUCACCUGCCUUCCCGUUGUCCUGGCGAUAGUCCUGCUGUUCCAGUACAGCCGGCCGAGCAGCAAGGGCGAACACCGGGUCCGAGACGUGGAGACGGGCGGCCCACCUAAGGCACCCACGCAGAAGGGUCCAGCCAAGGGCCUGCCACACGGGUGCAAGUACGUGGCCUGGAUGCUGGUGGUGCUGUCCUUUCUAGGGUCAGCUGCCUUCACCAUGCUGUACAGCUUGGAGUGGGGCAAGGUCAAGACUGAUAGUUGGCUGACUGUCUUCGUCAUCACUUUUCUGGUGGACAUCUUCCUUCUGCAGCCACCGAAGAUAUUUCUUUUUGCCAUCUUGACUUCAUCCCUUCGCAAGAGACAAGCCGUUGAGAAGAUUUUUGAAGAGAAACGAGACCCCGUUUGGAUGGAAGCCAAUGCAGUGUCAGGCUUCAACUGUGAUGCAUUUCGUAUGAGGAGAAAGAUGGAGCGGCGUUCAAUGACAUCCCUUAUCAACAUCAAACAAGCAAGGAGGAAGCAGCAUAGGGACAGAAGAUUUUGGGAAAUCUUUAGGGAAAUCAUGUGUUUUUGCUGUUGUGUGCUGCUUGUCAUCGGCAUCUCCAACGAACACCACAACACCACCCAGGCCUUCUAUCAGACACAGAGCACAACCAACACAUUUGUGCAGUCCUUGGACGAGGUCAAUGAUGCUGAUGCCUUCUGGUCCUGGCUGAACGGGACCGCCCUGGAGAACUUCUACAUGGACACUUCCUACAAUGGCCACAAGCUUCGCUGGCAGGAGAAGGGCUUCACAGCAGACAUGCAGUCGGUCCUGGUCGCCCCGCCUAGCAUGAUUCAAGCCCGAGUAAAGCCAGGGCUGUGCACAGUGCCAACAGCAAUGCAGAAGUGGUUUGAAGAAUGUUCAUCAGGGUACGAUGAACACACCAAGGAGACCGGAGCAUUUCAAAAGGGUUGGGAAAGGGUCAGCAAUACGUCAGCAAACGAGUCAGAAGCCCCUGGAUGGACCCACCUUCCCAGUAAAUACCCCAGUCUCCCCAUUUAUGGUGUGACAACGCAGUACUUGGGAGACGGCUUUGGUCUGAACCUGGGAAAAUCUGCAGACGAAAUGCGCAGCAUCCUGGCAGAGCUGAAGGCCAACCGUUGGGUCGACAAGCGGACGAGGGCCAUCUUCUUAGAAGCGUUGCUCUACGAUGGAAACCUGGAUAUGUUCACAUCCGUGACGAUGGUGUUUGAAUUUCCCGAAACGGCCGGAGUUUUCACCCAUCAUCACGUGCAGGCCUUCCGACUUCAUCAACGGCCGGGGACGAUCGGGUACAUCUACGUCCUGUUGGAAAUCAUUUACGUCAUUGUUCUCCUCUACACACUGUGGAAAGAGGCGAAAACUGCACUUGCAACCGGCUUGGCCUACCUGAGGGAGCCAUGGAACAUGGUCGAAAUCUUCAAUUUCUUCUUGACAUUCACUGUCAUCGCCUUGUACGGCUUCAAGAGGAACUACAGCUCCAAGACUCUGGCAGCAAUCAAUGCCGGGAAAGAUGAGGUCCACCAUUUCCGAUCUGCGGUGAACGUAAGCCUGGUUUACGGCUGGUUCCUGGCCUUCCUGACGUUUGUCAACAUGUUGAAGUUCCUCCGACUGCUAAGGUUCAACCCAUACCUUGCCAAGCUGAUGUCCGUGCUCCGAGGGAUGUCGGUGGAGUUCGCUUACUUCACCCUCUACCUUUUCCUCUACCAGACAGCAUUCGGCGUCUGUGCUCAUCUCAUGUUCGGCCAUACGGUGACCGAGUACAGCACCAUCAGCAAGUCCUUCUCCACCUUGUUCCAGAUAUCUCUUGGAAACUUCUACUACUACGAGCUGCGGGAGGCAGCCCCCAUCUCUGGCCCCAUCUACUACUUCACGUACAUUUGCAUAAUCUUCCUGGUGCUGAUGAACAUCGCCACGGCGAUCAUCGACAGUGUCCUUCGAAUUCACAACGUGCGCAAACACAUCAUGUCCGAGGAGGACCAAUACUUCAUCCAAGGGUUGUGGGAACACUUCUCGGCCUUCUUCGGCUUCUGGAAGGUGCCAGUCACAGAUAACAACUCCUUGGACACUCUUCAUGACAGCCUGGUCGAGGUGGAGAUUAAAGUGGAGAAACUGUGGCUGAAGAGACAGUUGCUCUUCAACCUCAAGAUGAAGGACACAGACCUCCCCGCAGAGCCUGAGUUUGUCCCAACUGUCAAAGAUGUUCCCGACGCUACAGCAGUGGAACUUCAUGUCCCCAGAGGAGGCUGCCGCAUCAUUACAGUCCGUCCUGCAUCCCCAUUUAACUGCAAAGAUGACAGCAGUCAAGGGAUCUGCUCUGGCAGCAAGGCGCCAGUGAUUUUGGCAUCCGGAUCUCCGUCAAAAAAGGAGGACAUCCAGCUAAGUCACCAAACCAAGCCAUUUAAGUCCAUCCCAUCUAAGUCCAUCCCAUCUAAGGAGAAAGAAGGUGGCAAGACGUCGACCAAGAGAGCUCAAACUGUUCUGCAUCAAGUAGGGAUGCCACGUCUCAACUUGAGCGCUCGUGACAAGGCGGCUCUGACAAGAGACGAGAUGCUGACAGACGACCACAUCCAGGCUGCCCAGAGGCUGCUCCACCACCAGUACCCGGCACUCCAAGGCCUGGAAGCCCCUACAGUUGGUCUCUGCGAGGACGGGUUUGCCAAGAUGACAGGAAAGGGCCUACAAAUCCACCACAACAGCAGAAUGCACUGGGUUCUGUCGUCUUACACAAGCGGACAAGUGCGCCUGUAUGACAGCAUUGGCGCCGACAUGACCACAUCUCUGCAGGUCCAGCUUUACCAAUCCUACGCCGCGUUUGCCGAGAGUAAUGUCCUGACCAUCAUCCUACCAGAGGUACAGCGUCAGAAUAAUGUCACUGGUUGUGGACUGUUCACAAUCGCCUGGGCAGUGGACAUCGCAGAGGGGCGAGACGUGAGCAGCAUUGCGUAUGACAACAGGAAGAUGAGGAGCCAUUUGGUGAUGUGCUUCAAACAAGGGAGGCUCACACCUUUUCCUCGUCUGACCAGCCAGAGAAAGAAAGUUGGUCUAACCAGGGUCAGUAGAGUCUCACUUGUUUGCCGCUGCAAUCAGGAGGAGCGCCUGGGAAGGAUGGAGAGGUGCAUGGCAUGCCAGAGGAUCUUUCACAUCAGCUGCCUGCCAGCUGCAGUCAGCCCUCCCGGUCCCAGUGAUGACACUUGGGCAUGUGGAGACUGCAACGUGUAA